CAGUGUUCUUUGAGCCUUUUAACUUGUUCGAGAAGUGCGGAUCUCUAGCUAGUAGUGUAGCUAUGUGUGCUCGAUAAAUUGUAGCUGUAACCGAUGGCUUAAAUGUCGAGCGCUUGGAUUUACCUUACCCAUCGCGUAAAUCAUGCACACUGCGUCUGGAAGCGUUUGGGAUGCUUUAGAUUUCUUUAUUUGGGUGUUGUUUGCGUUAUGUUUCCAGCCGUUGGGUGUUCACGGGCAAGACGGUGAUGGGUGUGGCCACACCUUGCUGGGGGCACAGAGCGGCACGCUGGCAUCGCGGAACUACCCCGGCACCUACCCCAACGGCACGCGGUGCGAGUGGCGGCUAGAGGCGCCCAGGGGGCGGAGCCUGAGGCUGGCGUUCGGCGACUUCAACCUGGAGCCCAGCCAGAACUGCGCCACCGCCGGGUCCCUCACCAUCACCCCCGGCAACGGGGACCCCCCCCUGGGCCCUCUUUGUGGUGACCUUGACCCCCGGAACAAGAAGUUAGUCCUGAACAGCAGCGAGGUCACCAUCCUCUUCCUCUCCGGAACACACCGGUCUGGCCGAGGCUUCCUGCUGUCCUACGCCACCGACCAACAGACAGACCUGAUUUCCUGUCUGGAGCGAGGAACUCACUUCACCUCGGAGGAGUUCAGCUGGUGCAGUGAUGGAUGGAGACAUCUGGGGCAUAGUCCGCCAUACAGAGACACCUCUGUGCUGUGCAAAGCAGCGAUUCACGCAGGCGUCGUGUCGGACGACCGCGGGGGUCCUGUUACUGUGUCCCGGCAGAGGAGCAUUACCUUGUACGAGUCCAGCUUCGCCAACGGUCUCCUCUCCAAAACGGGGUCUUUAUCAGAGAAGAAGCUGGUCUUCCGCAAAGACUGUGACAGUCUGCUUCCUGUGCUCAGCUACAAUGCGUCCUCCAGCUGGGAGGAAGUGGACAGCCUGGGGCGUCGCAGAUUGUGGUCCCCGGGAAACACAGAUUCGGCGGGACAGGUCCUGCCCUGGGUGGCGGACAGCGGCGACCCCGAGCCCUGGCUGCAGGUGGAACUGCAGGAGAGGAGCAGCAUCACAGGGAUCCUCACUAAGGGCUGGUCCGCGGACGCGGGGGCGAGCGCGGGGGCGGGGCCGGGGACGGGCGUGGCCCAGGCCUACACGCGCUCCUACACGCUGCUCUACAGCAAGGACAGCCGGAACUGGAAGGCCUACAAGGCCGUGCUCAGCAGGGAGAGAAAGGUGUUCAUGGGAAAUUCGGACAGCGACCAGGAGGUGCUGAACAGCCUUAUCCCUCCGGUGGUGGCGAAGUACCUCCUCCUGCGCCCGCAGCUGUGGCAGAACAGGGCCGCAGCUCACGUCCUGGUGCUCGGCUGCCCUCUGCUCCGGCCCCGCAGCCCCUUCGGUGGCCCCCCACAGAACAAGGUACCGACGGUGAGCGCCCCCUACAGUCCGGUCCCAACAAAGCACCCUGACGUGGAGAAGAGGCCGGCUGAGAGUUCCAGUCAGCCUGUGAUGGUGGUCGUGGGAGUGGUCCUGGUGUUAAUUGUAUGCGUGGGCAUCCUAUUGGCUGGGCUCUGUUGGAAGAGAAGGAGAAAGAAUGCUGACAAAUGCUCCUUAGAAAAAGGGUGUCAGAACGGCCUGGGAAAGGCUCUUCCCCGCUCUGAAUCAGAGCUCAUCUCGUACCCGCCGGAGAGGGCUGCCCUGGACGUCCUGCCAAACCCUCCUCACAAUGACUACGCCGAGCCGGAGCUGUGUCCGGCGGGGCAGAAGCUGGGCUCCACGUUCCGGCCGGCGGCGGACGAGGGCUACACCGUCCCGCUCAUCCUCAGCCACUACGACGUUCCGGGGAAGCUUCCGGAAUACGCCGAGCCGCUGCCGCCGGAGCCCGAGUACGCCACGCCCUUCUGCGACCUGCCCCCCGACCCGCCCGCCUGCCUGGUCCGCCCCGCGCCCCCCUCUCACGCCUCCGCCGCCGCCUCGCCAUCGGCCCACUACGACUGCCCCGGCCACAAAAUGGCGCCCAACGGCUACUGCCUGCCGGCACCCCACGGCGCGGAGUACGCGGAGCCCCAGCCGGCCGACGCCCUGUCCCUGCACACGUACUACGAGCCGCUGUGAAGCCGACGGCCAAUCACGUCACUCAGCAGACUCUCUCAUCCAGAGCGACGUACGCACCUUGAACCUCAGUGGGACUUAAAUGAUGAACACUAAGUGCCUUGUGUGUUUACAGACCACUGAGUGCUCAGAGAUACAUAUUUAUACAAGUCAAAGAUUAAGAAAGUUAUUUUAUGGAGGCGUUGAGGAAAAGGCAACAUGAGCUAACCCUGCCUUUCUUUUAUCCAGUGCCACUCUGGUGGGUGGCAUUUCAGACUGUGGAACUGUGCACAGUACGGGCACAAGGCCUUCUGUGGCUAUCACACGGCACAGGUCCAGAGAUUAAUGCUUCAUAUCUCACGUUUUUAUAAAUGAUCAACCGGGGAAGUGCAGAGUGUGUGUAAGGGAGCCUUCGGUAAAGGUCUUUGCGAGGUUGUUCUGCGCACUUCCUCACUAAGCAAUCUACGCUGGAAAUGCUGUGGGUCAGAGUGGCCACUAAAAUAGCAGCAAACUGGAGACGGUUUGCUCAGGCAGUCUCCAAGCCUGUGUGGUGUGUUGAUACUUAAUGAACUCUCCCUCAACAUUCCUGAAACAGAAGUCGGAUUUGGGAUUCAAUCGGCUGAAUCCAUCGACAACAUCAAGGCGCUAACUAUUCAAAGAUGAAGUUUGAGUCCCAUGGACGUUAAGACGUCAAUCACAACAGUUCCCUUUCCUUUAAUUACGUUGUUAAUAGUUAAUUGUUUAAAAAAAAAUAAACAGAAUAUCACCUCUGUGUACGUUUGUUUUGCUUCACUGGCGCACUCGGUGCAUUUGAAUCUGAAUCGAAAGCGAUUUAAAUGUGAAAACUUUCAGAUGUAUAAUAAUAAAAUUUUGUUGAAUGACGAUCCGAUAAAUUUGCAGUCAAAAAAUGCUAAUACAUCCACACAAAGUUAUGAAACUUGGUAUGUGCAUUGACAGUAGAAUCAAGACUCCAACCCGAAAGGCUUAGCUCAAUCCAACCCCAUGGUGGUGCCAAAGAGAUCCAGAUAUGAAGAAAUAUUCAAAACUUCACUGCUGCAUCAGUUUCGUAUGUAUUGCAAGGUUUUAUUUUGAAAUAAACAGUCUGACACAG